CAGACACAGGCUCCGAGUCCACGCUGUGAGGAAAGUGGUGCCACACCGGAAGUGUUUGUCGAACAGUUAAAAGCCACUUGACAAAGGCUAGCUGAGGUUAGCCGUCAGCCCGGUUCCGUCUUUCUGCAGGGAUGGAGGUUACACGCCGAAAUUUUAAAGACAGCUUAAGCACGGUGGACAGCGCCAUAGACGAGGCCGAUUUUCUCGCCAUCGAUGGAGAAUUUUCUGGCAUAAGCGACGGUCCAAAUGUCAGUGCAUUGACCAACGGUCUGGAUACACCUGAAGAGCGAUACACGAAGCUCAAAAAGCAUUCCAUGGACUUCCUCAUGUUCCAGUUUGGAUUGUGUACAUUUAAAUACGACCAGGCAAACUCAAAGUAUAUUACAAAGCCUUUUAACUUUUAUGUUUUCCCGAAACCAUUCAGUAGGACGUCUCCUGAUAUAAAGUUCAUCUGUCAAAGUUCCAGCAUUGACUUCCUGGCAAGCCAGGGAUUCGACUUCAACAAGGUGUUCGGCCAUGGAAUCCCAUACCUAAAUCAAGAAGAGGAAGCUCAGCUGAGAGAGCAGACAGAGGAAAGGAGAAACCAGCAUGCUAAUGGUCUCGGGACACCUUCCUUUAUCUCCCCGUCAUCCUCCAAAGUCCCUGCACAUGUACCCGAUGAACAGAAAGACUUCAUCAACAAAGUGGUGGAGAAGGUUGAGGCACUCUUCAAUGAAAAUGGGAAGACCCUUGACCUGGACCCAUGUACAGGAUUCCAGAGAAAGCUGAUAUACCAGACAUUGAGCUGGAAGUUUCCCAAAGGCCUUCAUGUGGAAACCUUGGAAACAGAAAAAAAGGUGCGAUAUAUCCAGAUCAGUAAAGCUGACGAGGAGGAGAGGAAGAGGAGGGAACAACAGAAACAGGAGAAGGAGCAGGAGGAGCUCAAUAAUGCUGUAGGCUUCUCCAGGGUCAUCCACGCCAUCUCUAAAUCUGGUAAACUUGUGGUUGGCCACAACAUGCUUUUGGAUGUGAUGCACACAAUCCACCAGUUCUACUGUCCGCUGCCAGAGGACCUUCAAGACUUUAAAGAGGCCACGAUGUGUGUUUUCCCAAGACUUUUAGACACGAAGCUGAUGGCCUCCACUCAGCCAUUUAAGGAGCUGAUCAACAACACAUCUCUGGCAGAGCUCGAAAAACAAGUAAAAGAGACUCCAUUCAAGCCACCGCAAGUUGAAACUGCAGAGGGGUUCCCCAGUUAUGACACAGCCCAGGAGCAGCUCCACGAGGCGGGAUACGAUGCUUACAUCACCGGCCUGUGCUUCAUCUCUAUGGCCAACCAUCUGGGUUCUUUCCUGACGCCGCCAAAAGCUUACAUCUCUGCCCGAUCUAAAUUAAUUGAACCUUUUUUCAACAAGCUCUUUCUGAUGAGGAUUAUUGAUAUACCCUACCUCAACAUCACUGGACCAGACUUGCAACCCAAGAGAGACCACGUUCUGUAUGUGACCUUCCCUAAGGAAUGGAAGACUAGCGACCUCUACCAGCUUUUCAGUGCCUUUGGUAACAUCCAGGUGUCUUGGAUAGAUGACACUUCAGCCUUUGUCUCUCUAAGUCAGACGGACCAGGUACAGAUAGCUAUGAACACCAGCCGCUACGCAGAGAGCUACAAGAUCCAAACAUAUGCAGACUACGUCCAGGGUAAACAGCAGGAGAAGGAAAAGCUUGGCCAGCCAGCAAAAAUCUGGGGAGAUGAUAGCUGGGUGAAGCCUCACUACCCCUCCUCCACUACUUCUGCUGGAUUUGGGUAUUCCAGGAGGAAACGCAGCAUCAGUCCCGUUCAGGGGGAGCAGGGAGGCGAUGACGGUGUCAUCGGGGAUGGCUGGAACCACUACUCAAUCCCAAACAGCACCGGCAGCAAAAAGACGAAAUUUGAUGAUGUUGGUGGACAGGCAAGUGUUGAAGCUGUCGAGAGCAAGACAUCAGAAGGAUGGCUAAAUAUGACAGAUUCAUCAUAUCCAGCUGAACCAAGUCCCGUCCCAGAUGACUGCAGUCCUGAGGGCACAGACCCAGGCAGCCGUGCUGAUGGGACGGCCACCUGGCACCAAACCCCAACGGUUCAAGGAAGGAAAGGUCAAAAAAGCAAGAAAAAGGAAUCUGACGUUCCAGCAUCAGAAUCUGCAACCUCCCUGUUUGAAGUCCCAGAAGUCUGGUGAAGCAGCAAAGUCACCGUCCCACGCCGGGCUCUCCUCCUCAUUGCUUGGUGCACUCUCCUUCAGGGUCAUAAAGCACACAGUGCUGCAUGCCCUAAAUUCAUGCUCUCAUUCAGCACUAAUGGAUAACGUCUCCAAAGCUACCAGCCAAGACAUUUAACACAACUUUUGAAAGAGAAAACACAAGCCAUAACAGCAGCUGCCAUAUUCUGAUCUUCUACCAGAGGAGCAGGCAUCUCCUCAUACAUAGCUGUGUAUAUCUCAACAAUGUAUAAACUGCAGAGGAUUUCACCAAUUCGUUGUGUUCAGACUGGUAUUUGGUCAUUUCGAAUGCAUUCAUAAAUUUUUUUGAGACAUCUCUAAUCAGUCUUAUGUUUGUGUGCGAGAGAGAUUUCCCUUUUCCUGGUGUUGGUAUUCCUGUGAAUCUGUUUUUCUUAAGAGAUAAAAAUGCCAUUUAACCAAUCCUGUACCUAAUGUCAGGGUUGUUUUAAAGAAGUCUGCUUUUUUUUUUUUUUUUUUCCCAUUUUAUGAGAAAAUAGUUUUUCUUCCUCAGUUUUAUCAGACAAAUCUGAGCUUAUCAAUGAUAAUGUGAUAUUUAUUGUUGGUGGCAUUUUCACCCUUCAUAAAAGGUGCUUCUUUUUUUUUUUUUUUGUACAGAACUGUUUUUCAUUUGUGUUCAAUGUUUUGUAACUGUGUCAACCUGCAAAGAUGUCAGAGUAUGCUUUCAGCACAAAAAGAUGUAAAAUUUAAGACAUUUUUGUAUAUGUUUUAAGAAAUCCUUCAAUUUCCUUUAAAAAAAAAGAGGAAAAAUUAAAGAAUGUUUCUUAGUAA